AUGAGCAACGAUGCCCUGCACCGGCUCGUUGCUCAGAGCGACUCGUACCGACUGCGCGUCGAUCUCGAGGACUUCGAGGGCAACUCGAGGUAUGCCGUGUAUAGCACGUUUCAUGUAGCUGGUGGGGGCGACCAGUACCGGAUGGGAGGCUGUUCAGGAACGGCCGGAGAUUCACUUGGAUGCCACAGCAAUAACCGCUUCACGACCAAAGACCAGGACAACGACAACUCGAGUUCCAACUGUGCCGAGUUGGCUACAGGCGCCUGGUGGUACAAUUCCUGCUCGGUUUCCAACCUGAAUGGUAAAUAUCUGAAGGGUGCUGAUGACGGAGAUGGGAUCGAAUGGCAUGACUUCAAGGGCUAUAACUACUCACUCAAGCGUUCAGAGAUGAAGUUUAGCAUGACAGGCUAA